AUGGACGCGCUGGACAUGAAUAACUUCGCUGACGCGGAAAAAGCGUUUCAGGCGUGCCUGCAGAUUGAUGCCAAUGCCCACGAUGCGCGCAUGUUGCUUGCACGCACCUAUAUCAGACAACAGGAGUUCGCACGUGCCGAAGAGACAUUACAAACGCUAAUAAAAUUGCUUGAAAGCAUCGGGGUUAGAAACCCCUCCCACAAGGAUAAACUCUCAAGAGCCUACCUAACAUUAGCGCAGGUUUACAGUUAUCAACAACGCUUUUCUGAUUCUACCACUGCGCUCACCAAUGCUCUGGAGGUUAACCCUGACGAUACCGAAGCGCGCAUCAGACUCGGCUAUUUCUUAGGCGCGCCACAACAGAUGCUCGUCCCGGACCUCUCAGCAUCCAAACGGCAGUUUGAAAAGGUGCUGGAACUUGAACCGAAUAAUCUGGAGGCGAUGCUCCAACUCGGUUUGGCAGAGUUCCGCCUCGGCGAAGCAGACAAAGCCGCUGAACGGUUUGAAAAUAUCAUCCAGAAUUACCGCCGUCAUUCGGGUGCCUACUACUAUCUCGGAGUCUAUCAUCUCCGACACGGUGCACCUGAAAAAGCCGUUGAGAAUUUCAAGGAGUCCCUCCGCCUCAAACCUCGCGAUCCCGAAACCUUAUGGAACUUGUGGACGGCUUAUACAAAACUCGGCGGCUAUCCAGCCGAAUUGCCGGAGGAAUUUAAAAUCCAACCGUGGGAGGGGUUUGUAACCCCGAAUUCUGUGGGACAAGGUUCUCUAUUCACAAACAUUGCCCCCGACUUAAAAAUGGACAAAGUUGACGGCGGGCGCGGCAGUGCCUGGGGUGACUACGAUAAUGACGGAGAUCUGGACAUCGUUGCUGUCGGCACGUAUCAACCACACGCGCUCUUCCGCAAUAACGGCGAUGGCACCUUUACGAACACCGCGAAUGAAGCAGGCAUCGCCGAUCCGAGAGGCGGUUGGGGUUCACUCUUCGCCGAUUACGAUAACGACGGCUAUCUGGAUCUCUACAUCACCCGUGGGGGUUGGUCUGGCGCAGCGGAGAACACGCUCUAUCACAACAACGGCGAUGGCACGUUCACCGAUGUUACGCACACUGCCGGUGUCGCAGACCCACAGAGUAGUUUCUGCGCGACUUGGGCAGAUUACGACAACGAUGGCUACCUGGAUCUCUACAUUGCGGACGGGGUUAUCGGUGAUGGCGCGGCGAAUGUCUUAUACCGGAACAAUGGGGAUGGCACUUUCACGAAUACAGCAGAGGCAGCCGGUGUAGCGAAUACGGGAAACUCUCUCGGAACGGCUUGGGGGGAUUACGAUAAGGAUGGGCAUAUCGACCUGCAUGUCGUCAACUUCGGACAAUCCAAUGUACUUUAUCGCAAUAACGGCGAUGGGACGUUCACUGAUGUCACACUGUCAACUGGCAUGAAUCUCCCCGUUACGGAUGCCUUUGUUACCUUCUUUCUGGAUGUAGACAACGAUGCAGAUCUGGACAUCUUCAUCUCAAAUUCGGGUUCGUUUCAAGCCUUCAUCGCGGGUCAAAUCACGGGUGGCGCGACGCACAACAGCGAUCGGCAGGUGCUUUAUCGCAACAACGGUGACGGCACUUUUACGGAUGUCACCCGUGAAUCGGGACUCUACCACGCUUAUGGCGCGAUGGGGGCAAACUUCGGAGACAUCAAUAGCGACGGUUAUCUUGACAUCUAUCUCGCCACCGGUGCACCACAGAUGGGACGGCUUGAACGCGACGCACUCUUUCGCAACAACGGCGACGGCACUUUUACAGAUGCGACUGUUGCGUUAGGUUUAGGAAACAUCGGAAAAGGACACGGUGUAACCUUUGGUGAUGUUGAUACUGACGGCGAUGUGGAUAUCUACGUGCCUGUCGGCGGUGCGUUUAUCGGCGACCAGUGGCACAAUCUCUUCUACCGCAACAGUGGUACUGGAAACAACUAUCUCACCGUAAAGCUGGUCGGAGUCAAAAGUAAUCGGGAUGGCAUCGGUGCUAAGGUAACUUUACGCAUGGGUGAUGACGUAAUUUACCGAGAGGUCAGCGGUGGAUGUGGAUUUGGCUCGACCAAUAGUCUCGCACUUGAAAUUGGCCUCGGAACGCAUACAAAAGUUGAUACGCUCGAAAUCGCCUGGCCCUCCGGUCAAAUUGAUACGCAUCGAAACCUAUCUGUCAACCAGAAACUCGUUGUUACCGAAGGGAAAGGUCUAUGA